AUGGGUCCAGACUACAAAGCAAACCUCUGCAUACGUCUCUGCUCUACGUCAGACUCUGCUCUACGUCAGACCCUGCUCUACGUCAGACCCUGCUCUACGUCAGACCCUGCUCUACGUCAGACCCUGCUCUACGUCAGACCCUGCUCUACGUCAGACCCUGCUCUACGUCAGACCUGCUCUACAUCCGACUCUGCUCUACGUCAGACCCUGCUCUACGUCAGACCCUGCUCUACGUCAGACCCUGCUCUACGUCAGACCCCCUGCCCUACGUCAGACCCUGCUUACGUCAGACCCUGCUCUACGUCAGACCUGCCCUACGUCAGACCCUGCUCUACGUCAGACCCUGCUCUAACGUCAGACUCUUGCCCUACGUUAGACCCUGCUCUACGUCAGACCCUGCCCUACGUCAGACCCUGCUCUACGUCAGACCCUGCUCUACGUCAGACCCUGCGCUACGUCAGACCCUGCCUACGGUCAGACCCUGCCCUACGUCAGACCCUGCUCUACGUCAGAACUCUGCUCUACGUCAGACUCUGCCUACGUCAGACCCUGCUCUACGUCAGACCCUGCUCUACGUCAGACUCUGCUCUACGUCAGACCCUGCCUACGUCAGACCCUGCUCUACGUCAGACUCUGCUCUACGUCAGACCCUGCUCUACGUCAGACCCUGCUCUACAUCAGACCCUGCUCUACAUUAGACUCGGCUCUACACUCUGCUCUAUGUCAGACUCUGCUCUACGUCAGACUCUGCUCUACAUUAGACUCUGCUCUACAUUAGACUCUGCUCUACAUCAGACUCUGCUCUACGUCAGACCCUGCUCUACGUCAGACCCUGCUCUACGUCAGACUCUGCUCUACGUCAGACUCUGCUCUACAUUAGACUCUGCUCUACAUCAGACUCUGCUCUACAUCAGACUCUGCUCUACAUUAGACUCUGCUCUACGUCAGACCCUGCUCUACAUUAGACUCUGCUCUACACUCUGCUCUACAUUAGACCCUGCUCUACAUCAGACUCUGCUCUACAUCAGACUCUGCUCUACAUCAGACUCUGCUCUAUAUCAGACUCUGCUCUACAUUAGACCCUGCUCUACAUCAGACUCUGCUCUACAUCAGACUCUGCUCUACGUCAGACUCUGCUCUAUAUCAGACUCUGCUCUACACUGUGGGUCUGAUGUGGCGUCGCUGGUGCAGGACUCUGCGAGAGAGGCGCAGAGAGAGGCGCAGACAGAGGCGCAGACAGAGGCGCAGACAGAGGCGCAGACAGAGGCGCAGAGAGAGGCGCAGACAGAGGCGCAGAGAGAGGCGCAGACAGAGGCACAGACAGAGGCGCAGACAGAGGCGCAGAGAGAGGCGCAGACAGAGGCGCAGAGAGAGGCGCAGACAGAGGCGCAGACAGAGGCGCAGACAGAGGCGCAGAGAGAGGCGCAGAGAGAGGCGCAGACAGAGGCGCAGACAGAGGCGCAGAGAGAGGCGCAGACAGAGGCGCAGACAGAAACGCAGACAGAGGCGCAGAGAGAGGCGCAGAGAGAGGCGCAGACAGAGGCGCAGACAGAGGCACAGACAGAGGCACAGACAGAGGCGCAGAGCGAGGCGCAGACAGAGGCGCAGACAGAGACUCAGACAGAGGCGCAGACAGAGGCGCAGACAGAGGCGCAGAGAGAGGCGCAGACAGAGGCGCAGAGAGAGUUGCAGAGCGAGGGGAUGAUGGAUGGAGCGGGAGCAGCAGCGGGCCAUGGAUCACCGGGCACAGCUUUUAUGAGUUAUGUGGAGGGAGGCAGCGGGCCAUACAUUUAA